AUGUCAAUCUCCAAGCAUUCAACUUCCCUCCUGGACGCAGAGCCGUACUACCACUCGGAACUGGGAAACAUCCGCAGAGUCACAGCAGAAGAGCUCCCCGGACUCCAGAACCUAUCUCUCGAGCGCCUCGUCCUCGCUCCAGGAUCGAUCCGCGAGCCUCACUGGCACGUCAACGGCAAUGAACUCGCAUACUGCUUCACGGGUCAAGUCCUAGUUUCCAUCCUCGGGACCGGCAAUGAGUUCUCCAGCUUCACCGUCACCGCGGGAGAGAUGUUCUACGUUGAGGCCGGCUCACUACAUCACGUUGAGAACAUUGGGGAUGAGGAAGCUCUUCUUAUCAUUUCUCUCCGUCAUGAGCGACCACAGUACUUUUCGCUCCAUGCAAGCUUCGGAGCUAUGACGGAUGCUGUGCUGGGAAACACCUACGAUCUUGAAGCUUCGUCUUUCCAGACGUUGCCGAGGGACAGGUCUCCCAAAUACAUCGUGAAGAGGGAAGGCGAUCCAAUGAUCCCGACUACGAUCCAGCUUGUCAAUCGACACAAGUUCGACAUGGAAGGUAUGGCUGCUCCUGUUGCCGACUCCGUCGGAUCUGCGAAGACUGCUCGCUCUCAAUUCUGGCCAGCACUAAGCAACAUGUCCAUGUACUUCCUCUGCAUCGCCGAGGACGGCAUGCGCGAACCGCACUGGCACCCCGACACCGUCGAAAUGGGCUACGUCCACAAAGGCAAAGCCCGCAUGUCGGUGCUCGACCCCUCGGGCUCGCUCGACACCUACUACCUCCAGCCAGGAGACUGCUAUUUCAUCCCGGCGGCGUUCCCGCAUCAGAUCGAGUGCGUGGAGGGAGACGAGAUCCACUUUGUGAUCUUCUUCGACCAGCCGAUGCCGAAGGAUGUCGGGUACCGGAAGGCGGCGACGGCGAUGAGUAGAGAGGUGCUGGCUGCUACUUUUGGGGUGGCGGAGAAGGAACUUCCUGAGUUUCCGGUUACGGUUAAGGAUCCGUUGAUUGUGGUGAGGAAGAAUCCUGUUGAUUAG